AUGGCAGGCUUUAACCUAGUCACCUCCCUCCCAAAGUUUGGCCAUGCUGGAGCAACAAUUGCAAGGGCUCGUGCCUGGAAUCCUAGGGUCUUUGCAGCUGCUACCCCCAGACCUAUCCAAGUACCAACUAAUCAAGAUGGCUCAUUGAACGCUGAUGGUAUCAAACAAGGAGCUAGUGAAACAGUCAAUAACAAUAUGACUGAAUCAUUGCAAGACAAGGCUUACUCCACUGCGGAACAUAUGACUAACAAGACAAAAGACACGGCUGGUCAGAUAUCAGCAACAGCACAAAACAUUACUGAGAAAGCAAAGCAAACAAUGCAAGAGGCAUGGGAUUCCACUAAGAACACAGCCAAUAGGGCUGCAGACACUGUUCUGGGAAAGGCUCAAGACUCAGCCGAUUCAGUCAAAGAAAAUGCUGAGGCUGCGAGAAGGAACAUUAACAACAGAAAGAACUAA